ACAGUGUCUCUAGUCUUUCGCUCGAUCCUUCCGGCGGAAUGAAACUUCUCUCGAUAUGGUUCGGCUUGUUCAUCUCUUGCGAUGCAGUUUUCGAAAAACCCGUGCUCGAGUCGAAAGUUGAGGUGACCAUCAAUUUCUGCGGGGAAGAAUUCGGAUCGCCCGAAGUCGAGGAGACGGUAUUCGAGGUGGUUGGAGAGACUCAAGGUUGGGAUUCCGUAGCAUCCAUACGCCGGAAAAGAAACUGCAGUCGUCCAGAUGCAAUCACAUUGCAGGUCUACUGUCCAGACGAGGAAUCGUUGAGUGAGACUUCUCUACUAAACACGGUCUCCACACCGGAUCUGAAGACUGCCUUGGUUGCCGCAAUCAUGGUGUGCCCGACCGUCAGAUCUUUCGCAUCUUUCGGCCCGUUCGAUCGCUCAAAGCUCACGAUCCUUCAAUCAGCUAUCUCGGAUGAAGGAGACUCGAUCCUAUUAUUCGUGGGUGACUUCGGACAGGACUCGCUCUUCUGGGAAAUAUGGUUGGACUCACUCCGUCUCCGACAUUUGAACGUGUUGCGGUCUAGUUUCGGUGACUCCGGGAGCAAUCAAAUCUUUCUCAUCAGCAAAUUCAACCGGAGCACUUAUUUCAACGGUGACCGGCCCGAGUUCGAAAUUUACGUGAGACAAUUGUUCGCAAACUAUUCUUCGAGGCUCGACGAAUAUGAUGAAGACGAAGUCGACGAUUCGGUUGCUGACGACGAGGGCACCACAUCGCAGCCACUCCUGACGAAAAUCUUCGAAUACCAUCACAAGAGAGUUGUACGACUGAGAGAAGAAAAUUCCCUCCGGAAGUACUCCGCAGGAAUAUUAGCUUUACUCAGUCUAUUCAUAUUGUUGAUUAUCUACAUGGUCUUGAGUUUGGUGAAACAUUUGAGCUCAAGUCGUUAGCGAGCACGGAGGCAGUCGGAGAGCGGCGUAAUUCACACUCGAGACUUUUUAACGUUCUCGUCUCUGUCUUCCUUGCCACCUAGGUCAAUAAAAUUGUGAUGG